AUGAAAAUUGCCCAGCCUCUACAUGAAACUAUAGCGCAAACACCAUCUUACGAGAAGUUUCUUAAAGACGGACUCGUUAGGAAGGAGAAAUUAGAAGAGGAACCAGUAAUCCUGACAGCUGAAUGCAGAGCAAGUAUGAGUCUAUUACCAAAGACCACAUAUGAUAAGCUGAACGUGGAUGAACUAAAGCCCACUAAAAUGAUCCUACAACUGGCAGACAAGUCAGUGAAAGCCCUUUUUGGGACUUUAGAGGAUGCACCACUUAAGGUUGAAAACGUUUACGUUCCGAUCGAUUUUGUGGCUAUUGAUGUUGAUAGACGUUGA